AUGUCCAACAAUGACAAUAUUCACCAAGAAAAUUCAAACUUCAACAUUUCCGAUAUGCUCAGUCUAGACAACACUAUCACCUACGACUCAAAAGCAACCCCAAUAAACGACUACAAUAACGACUAUAAUAACAAUAAUAAUAAUACCAGCAAUAAUAACAAUAGCAAUAGCAAUAGCAAUAACAAUAAUAACUUUUACAACAAGGACGAUGAUGAUGAAAAUUCUGACGAUUUUAAUACCACCGUAAUCUACGAUAAUAACGACAAUGAUAUUCUCAACUUAAACACCACUUCCUCCCAGAUUUUUUUCAAUGAUAACGAUAUUUUCUACAACGAUAGCUAUACAACUUAUCAUAAUCAUAAUAGCGGUUCGAGUUUGUUAGCCUUGAAAAGUAACGACGACUAUCUAUCCCACGACGACUACCUAUCCAAUGACUCCAGCUACAACUACAAAUUGCAAAAAAAUAUUCUCAAUUACAAAAAACUAGAGUCCUUGAACAUACCAAAAAACCCAAAUCUUCAGCUAAUCACUUCCGAUUCUCAUUCCUCAUCCUUCCAAAUUCCUUCUAUAGAAGUAUAUAGUCCAAAAUCUCCUCAAGACAAUAUAAACAUAUCAAACAUCAACACCAUUAACAGCACAACCACCGAUACAAAUGCCAAUACCAAAAGCUCUCCUGCUUCGUCUAUAGCUUCAAGAAAAUCUCUCACAAAAGCAUCUUCCUCCUCCACUCUACUUAUACCCAAAAAUAGAUCCUCCUUAAUAUUCCCUUUAAAAAAAUUUCGUCGAAAGACAACCUCUCUCUUUACUGACCUAUCCACUGACUCUCCUUCUAACCACUCCAUAUCAACAAAACCCUCAGAUAACAACCUACGUUCAAAAUCAAACAUCUCAUCAUCUCAUAAUAUAAAUACAAAUGUAAAUACAAAUAUUAACCGCUCAUUAUCAAAUUUUAUAUCCCAAUCUACGGAUGACAUUCUUGAACGAAAAGCUUCUUUAGCAAAAAGAAAAAAAAGCCUAUCCAUAUCCUCCAAAAACUCAAUUAUCAACAAUAACAAUAACAACAACAACAACAACAACAUAUCUUCUCUCUUCAUCAAAAAGAGAAACAACUCAGCUUCUCCAACAAAAUUCAAUUCUAUCGCCAACUCAAAAAUAUCUCCCUUCAACAGAAGAAGAAGCAAAACCGUCGGCUCUUUAUCUUCAAUCCCCUCCCAAAAUGAUAUCCACUCCUACAAAAGAAGAUCUGUAGCCCUUGAAAAUGACACCCCUCUAACCCAUUCCCUAGACUAUGAAACAAGACUAUCCCUACUGAACCCUCCUCAUCGAAAAAAUAGCCUAAUUCCUAACUUUCUUUCAAGAUUCUCAAAUGAAUCAACUGUAUCCUAUCCAAGUCUCCUCUCCGAUAAAAGAAUCACAAACUCCACUUCAACUUCUCUAUCUUCUCUUGAUGAUAUCUCAAACUCAGUUUUGAAAAAAAAAAAAAUCUUGCAAGACAGCUUCAAUCUAUCCCACGUCCCUAAACCUCACUUGAAUGAUGACUAUAAAUCCUACAUUCUUAAACUACUAGAAGAUGGCUAUUCCUACGAAAUUAUAGACAUCCUAUCCUCAAAAUUCUCCUUUCCCUUGAAAAAUAAAAACGACUCAAUCAUCAAUUCUCCCAAAAGCUACGAUUUCUCAGAUUACUCUUAUGGAACUGACCAUAACUUUUAUAAAAAUUGCCUACUAUACUACUUGUAUGUUUUUUUCUUCAACUUGUUCUAUAAUGAAACUGGCUUGGAACAAGAAAUUAACCCUUUCAAUCAUUCCCCAAUUGAUUCCAAAAUCUUUGAUAUAGCCUCUAGAAAUAUCGAUGAUUACUACCACCAAGACGAUUUGAAAGAUUCCUACCUUUUAUUUACAACUAUAGGUAAUUUAUCAGUUCAAGAAAUGAUCUCAAAAGUAUAUUCAAUACCUGUCGACUUAAUCCUAAGAAAAUUUCUAUAUUUUCAUAAACUACCUGGCGAAACUGAAAAGAUUGACAUGGUUUUAGAAUCAAUUUCUACCACCUAUCUAUAUUUCCUAAAAUUAAAACAUUUUGAAAAUAUCAUCAGUCUACGCCUAAAAGACCAAAAAUUUAUUACUCAAACAACUGAUAAAUGCUUAUUCAACUCAAUCGAUGAAAUUUACACUCUAUUGUUCUCCCUAGUGGUUCUUCAUACUGAUCAUUUUAACAAAAAUAAUAAAACUAAAAUGACAAAACUGGAUUAUCUCGCCAUUAUUAAUGAUUUCAAAAAUGAUAGCAAAAGAAAAUUAAAAAAAUCAAAAAACUCAGAUUUUAAGAAAAGAGACCCCUUGUUUAAUUUGCUUUGUAAAGAUUUAGCCGAAUACUUUUUCGACAAUAUAACUGCAAUUCCUUUCAAAUCAAUAUCUGAAGUUUUCGAUUCGGCUAAAUAUACUGUCACAUUACCAUUAGCAUCUUCUAAUCCAAGUCCUCAAUUAAAAAGAAGAAAUUCAACUUUCGGGUGGUCAAGUGUAUCAAAUUUGAACUCAUUGGUUUAUUCCUCUUCUACAUAUAAAGAUCUUGAUUUCAUGAAACUAGAUUUAUCUCUGUUCGACCUCAGUGACUCAUAUGAAGACAUUUUUCAAAAUUUAGUGGAGUAUAAUGGUGAAAAUUUCUCCAAGACAGCAUUUUCAUCAUCUCAGUACUCUAUCUCCAAAUCAUCUCAUAAAUUGGUCUUAAAAUUUACAAACCACUGCCUGAUAUCUCCUUAUUUAUCUUCUAAUUUUGGUUUAAAGGUUUUUAAUCAUCAAAAUUCAAAUGAAAAUUUACAAAUUAAAUCUCCUGCAAGCUCUUCCUUUAAAUUCAGAAACGGUAUUUCAAUCAAUAGUCAGGAUUCUUCAACUUCUCUAAAUGAACAACCUUCUACUACUAAAAAAUAUUAUUAUGUUAGUAUUGUAAAAGCCGGUGUUUUAUACCAUUCAAGAUCAACUUCUUUAAUUAAGAAUAGAAAGAAAAACAAAGGCCGUGGAAAAAACUUUAAAGAAGAUUUAAAUGAAAAUCAUUCUAAUAGUAAUGGCUGGAGAAAAUCAUAUUGCAUUGUUACAAAUUUUGGUUUAUAUUUAUUCAGAAACUUAAGUUGGAUUAGCAAUCUUACUGAAGAAAUAUUAGAAUGCUUUGAAAAUGAUUUUUAUGAUAACAAUUUCAAUAACUCUACAGAAUUGGAAGAAAAAUUAAAAGUCUUAGAAGUUAAUUCGUAUCUUUCAUUUAACAAUAUUUUCACUCAUAGUGCAAACCCUAAUCUUAUUUGCUCUAUUCCGUUGAAAAAAUGUUUUGCCUACAGAUCGUCUCUCAAAGAAACCGAUAAUAGUUUUUAUGUUAGUUUGGAUUCUGAAUUUAACAAUCUUGAUGAUGAUUUUGAUAGUUGUUUGGCCUGGAUGGAUAAGAGAGUAUUGGACUCAAUUGAUUCUCGAGAAUUAUUAAAAUCUAGCUCAACUGAAACCAUGAUGAGCUGGAUCAAUUGUUUGAAUCAUUUAUCAAGUAUCUCUGAUUGCACUCCAUUUGAUAUUCAAACAUAUCUUAACUGCUCAAAAUUUUUGGAGAGUUAUUCCACUGCUCAGACUAACUCGGAAAAUCCCGUUGAAAAACCCAUUGAAAAUUCCGCUGAAGGUUACGAUGUCGAAAUUUAUGAAAUAACUUCAUUAGAUAUUAUGGGAAUUAAUCAAAAAUAUAUUGUUCUAAAGAGUGAGUUUAAAGUUAUUCAAAAGACAAUAUCUAGUUUUUUUAAGAUCCUAUUUUUUGUUCAAAAUUUAAUACCUUUACAAACAAAGACAAAAAGUUUGUUAUUAAAUUUUUCAAAUAAAGUAUACCUGUCAUAUUUGCAAUCAUUGUGGUAUGAAAAAUUUAAAGUUGAAAGUUUUAUAUAUUACAUUGAAAAUGAGGUUCAUUACCAAGAUAUUUUAAGAAAUGAUGAAUUACUGAUAAAUUAUUGCCAUGAAAAUUUACUACAAGGGCCCGAAAGUUCUGAAUUUGAGGAAUUUUGCUUUAUUAUUGAUCAUUACUUGGAACAUCUUAAUCAAAUUCCUUUGAAAAAAUCUAGAAGUGAAAGUGUUGCUUCAAUAUUUUCAGAUGAUGAUUUGGAUGCAUUACCACCAAUUAAUAAUAGCCCAAGUUUUCAAGAAAAUAAAUCUAAGGACACUUUAACAAUUUCACCCACACAUAAAAAAAUUGAUGGGAAAAAUAAUAAUAUAGAAGAUGAAGAAAUGAAAACUCCGAAUUUGAAACAAUUUUUUUCGAUUUCAAUUGAUGAUUCUUAUGUUGAGGAAGAGAUGGAGCAGAAAAUAUCACUCCCCAAAUCGUCUUCAAGUGAUUUUCUUUCUGCCGAUAAUAUUGAUAAAAUAAUUCCGCCUCCGAGUAUUGCUGAAAUAGCAAAAAAUAAUGAUGGUAGGGGAUUGAGAAAAUUAGCGUCAAAAAGAUCAUUUUAUUCUUUAAGAUCAUUAAAGUCUACGUUCAGUUUAGUUUCUCAUGGAUCUGAAGUCACUAAUAGCAAUAACCAUAUUCCCAAUCAAAAUAAAACAAAAGGACUUGAGAACUUGUUUGGAAAGGAAAAUAGACAUGAGUAUGAUAAUUCUCAGUCAUCUACAGAGGUAAAUCCUAACUUGAACUACGUUAAUAGCGAUAACCAAGCCAAAGAUAUUCAAAAGACAGGAUAUAACAAUGAUACUGCUCAAAUAAGUGAAAAUAGUGAUAAGAAUGGAAAAACUAUCACCGAGGACAGUAUAGCCACCAAGAUUGAUAAUAAUAAAAACGGCAAAACUAAAUCUCAAAGUAAAAGUGUUCAUUAUAGUAGAAAGUCUGAUCCGAUUUUCAAUAAAGAACUGCAAAAGGAAAAAAAUACAGAAAAUUAUCGACCUCGAAGAAAAUUCUUUGCACAAAAAUCUACUUCGUUUAAAAUUGCAGCAAAAAAAGCAUUAUUGAGCCGAAAAUCGAGUAGUCAGAAGAUAUUUCAUUUAAACCAUAAUAAUAAGUCAACCCCAAAUUUUCCAAUUAUUAAUAUCACGUAA